UUUCCAUAGACAUUAAAUCAUUCCCAAGAUUUCCAACAACCCAAUUUCAAUUCCCUGCACUAUCGUUUUCAAUUCCGACCCGGAGCACAAGGAUUUGAAGAAUUAGAAGUAUGGAUAGGAGGAUCCUGGGCUUCGACUCGCCUCUGUUUUCCACUCUGCAGCACAUUCUGGACACCGCCGACGAUGCCGACAAGUCCUUCAACUCCCCCAGCCGGAAGUACGUCAGGGACGCGGAGGCGAUGGCGGCGACGCCGGCGGACGUCAAGGAGUACCCGAACUCGUACGUGUUCGUGGUGGACAUGCCGGGGCUGAAGAGCGGCGACAUCAAGGUGCAAGUGGAGGACGACAAUGUGCUUGUCGUCAGUGGCGAGAGGAAGCGGGACGCGGAGGAGAAGGACGGCGCCAAGUACGUGAGGAUGGAGCGCAGGGUGGGGAAGUUCAUGAGGAAGUUCUCCCUGCCGGAGAAUGCCAACACUGAUAAGAUUUCGGCGGUUUGCCAGGACGGCGUGCUGACGGUGACGGUGGAGAAGUUGCCGCCGCCGGAACCCAAGAAGCCGAAGACCAUCGAUGUGAAGAUCGCCUGAGAUAGAGAUCACUUAGAAUCUCAUAUUCAGGGUCUUUUUUCCACUCUAAUAUGUGUUUCGUCUCUGUUACCUCUCUGUUUUUGUUGUAUUUUGUAAAAUUUGGUUCCAGUGUGAUGUUUGAGUUUUUGUGCUGUAAGAACAACUUAGGAUCUUUAAUUAUUAUGAAACUUCCCAUAAACAUAAUAUUUUUAAAAUAAUAAAUAAUAAAGAUUAUUAUAAUAUUAAUAUAUCAGGAUUAUUCAUGUUGUA